AUGGUUCUAAGUGAAAUAAUAUUUUACUUAAAAUUAAGUGGGAUGCUCUUGCUGUGGGUAUGCAUAAUUGGUGGAAAUAUAGCGGUAAUUUGCUCCUACGUAUAUUGGAAAGAUGUUCAUUCUAAGACUAGAUUCAAAAUCAUUAUCUCAUUGGCAAUCGCUGAUAUUUUAUAUGCCUUGUUCGUUGUAUCAUUCGAUCUCAUUUAUACUCUGUGGAACGAAUGGUAUUUUUCUCGUCCAUAUUGCGUGAUAUGGCGAAUUUUAGACGUAGCUUUAUCGACUACGAGUUAUAUUCAUUUAUCUUUACUUUCGCUGGACCAAUUCCUAAAUUUGUACAAACCUUUGUCCAUUAUAUCAAAUAAAUCGAAAAGAAUGAGAAUUUAUAAUAUUUGCAUAUGUCUCAUAUGGUUCUAUUCAUUCACCUACAGUUCGACGUCUAUGCUAGUAAAUACGGAUUAUUUUAGAUGGUCAAUGUCAGCAGAUUAUAUAGUGUUGGACCAUUCGUCGAGUAUUAAUCUUACGGAAAAUAUUUAUGGCAAUGAGAGCAUCAUCAUUAGAAAAUUCUGCCCAUUUGUCAUAACCGAGGGGCAUAUCAUUCUAUUUACUACUUCCUUUUUUAUAUUCAUGUUUAUUAAUAUCAUACUUUGCGCGGCUAUAGUCGUCGUACUGGUUAAAAAUAAUACAACCAUUUUUAACAAGUCCUCCUUAACGCCUGCAAUGCAACAUUUGAAAAUGCGUAAGACUAUAGGCGCUAUCAAAUUUGUGAUAGCAAUGGUAAUAUUCUUUUUGCUGUGCUGGUUACCAUUUUUUAUUCUACUUUCACUGCAACCAUAUUUGAAAAGAAAUGCUUAUAAACAACCAGUGUGGUUGUUUAAUUUAUUAUUAUGGAUAGCUUAUAUUAAUAGCGCUAUCAAUCCUGUUUUAUACUUCUUCAUGCAUUACGAAGUUAGAACUAGACUAAAGUUAGCAAUCACUCGAAAGAAAUGUUUAGCCUUUUUAGAAAUAUCAUAA